GGGUUCCCUCUUCGUCCAAUAACUUUUAUCAGAUUUGUUGUGGCAUUAAUUUCAGCUGCGGAGAUUAUCACAGAUUAUAAAGCUGAUGAGUUAUGGGAAGAUGGUCGAUUAAUAGCGACAACAAAUGUAAAAGAAUCAAUGCUGAUGAAUUGUGGCGCAGCGGAAUAUGGAAGAUCGUUUAUUUUUGAGGAGAAGCCGUUUCUGUUUAUGGAAAACUCUCUUAAUUUGAUAAAGUGA